CCGAGAAUUUUAAAUUUUCCCGGAAAAAAUUUUAGCUCUGCCAUGUCAACCGUCUCGGUUUACAGAACUGAAUUCCUUACUUUCUCUUCUCAUGGAUCCAACCCCCGCCACAAACUUCAAAGACUCUCCCUUUCUCCCACCGUAAAAAUGGAUUCUAAAUCAUUCGAAAAGGUGAAAAAGGAGGAACUUUCGAUACAGCUGCAUACGUCGUCAAUUCCUCAAAUUGAAAACCCAAGGCCCUCUAAUCUCAGGUUUGAUCGGCUGCAACCGUCGGAACAGGAGCUGGAUCAAGAUCAAAGAUUAGAAUUCGGAAGAUUCGUUGCAAGAGAGGCUGUUCUUGAUGAAGAAUUCUGGACAGCAGCAUGGCUGAGAGCAGAAACUCACUGGGAGGAUCGACCAGGUGAAAGAUACGUCGAUAGCUUCAAAAGGCAAUUUGCUGAGCAGGAGUUCAAUGCCAUAAAAAGGCGAUACAGCGGGCAACAUGGGCGGACAUAUACUUGUGUUGUCACGGUUAGGAAGGAGGAGAGGAAUAUCAAGCGCACAGUGCUGAAAAGUGUGGUCGGAACCCUUGAUUUCAGCUUUCGACAUUUGUUGCAUGGAGAGUCUUUUCCCGGGGAACGAGAAAAGCAUAUGUUCUGCGGCAUCAGCAGGACAAACCUGAAUAAAUAUGUUUAUGUUUCCAACUUAUGUGUGGCAAAAUCAGCCCGUCGACAGAGCAUUGCUAGCAAUAUGUUGUAUUUUGUUAUCGAAUCAGCGAGAUUAAAGGGUGUGGAACCAGUUUACGUGCAUGUUCAUAGAGACAACGAGCCUGCUAUUGAACUGUACGAAAAGAUUGGUUUCGAGAUGAUUGAAAUGGCAAACUCUCAAUUGUUAAAGCAGCAGAUGUACUUGCUUUGUUUUAAGACAAAAAAUUCGUGUUGAAACACAAAUACAGGAUUUCUUUUUCUCUCUUUUUGAAUGAAAA